GUCAUUAUACUAAGAAAUUCGGAUAAAUAAAGUAUUUUUAUUCUUAUCAAGUGUAAUUAUUCCUACUAAGCAUUUAUUUAUAUACUAAUAUUUUAACAAUGGAACAAGAUGGCAAAACAUACAUACCUUUAAAUAAGAGUUUCCUAAAGAAUAAUAUUAGUAGUAACGAAGGCUCUUGUUUAAAUGUAGUAACACCAUAUGUAUCUCACUCAAAUUCAUCUGUGUCUCGAAUCAACGAAUAUUUUACAAAACUUAGCAUAAAUUCCAACAUUACAAAACAGAAGCUUGAAAUAAGUGGAAAUGACAAAUAUCUUGCAGGAACAAUUCAAAGUAUUAUCACUAGCAUGGGUCUUGUUCUUAUCCAACCAUCAAUGUCUAAUCUUUUAUAUUUGGAUACUCCAUUAUUUGUAUAUAAUCCAAAUUCUCAAAAUCAAAGUUUUACAAAUUAUGUUUACUUAGGCAAAAUUGAUGAUAUCUUUGGUUCUGUGAAAGAACCAAUGUAUAGUGUAUGUUCCUUAUUAGAAGAAAUUAGUAUAUUAAAUGUUGGAGAUCAAGUAUAUUUUCUUCUCAAUGAUCCAAAUACAAAAUUUAUGUCUGUUGAACAUAAAUUAAACAACACUUUCAAUAUAAUAAAGCACAAAUGUAAUGAGUAAGAAAAAAAUAUUGAUCAAUAAUAAAAAAUGGUUAAAUAAAAUUCAUCUUAAAUAUACUUAAAUACAUUAAUUAGCUGUACAGGUACAAUUAUAUUUACUAGUUUAAUUGUAAAAAAAAAAAAAAACAAAUUAAAUAAAUAAAAAUUGAAUAAAAAAGUAAAAAACAAUAAUAAUACUUUGAUAAAAUUCAAGCAUACGAUUUGAAAUAUAACCGAAUACAAUCGAACAAUCGCCUACGCAUGCGUGGGAAAGCAAUAUGAACUUAUGUUGAGUAGGAUUUAUCUAUUCAACUAAUAUCAAACUCAUCGACUUAUGUCGACGUAGUCGUCGUACUAAGUACAUCGAAGUAUAGUUGUCUAAUUUUGUUAGUAUUCGAUAUUACUAAUUAUCAAUGUCAAUAUUAUUAAUAAUAUUACAGUAGUAAACAGUGCAUUCUUUAGAAAACCGCGAGAUACAAUAAACUUUCGAUGCGUAUAUCGUAGUGACACAAAAA